AAAAAGAAGAGAAAAAUCAAUCUAAAAAAAGGGGAGUAAGAGGUCUGGAUUCGUCAAAAAGGUCUUUUGGAGAAUCCCAAAUACGUCUUUAUGGUUUAGCUCUCGAUUUCUCUCCUUCGAUUCCCCCACCACCACCACCACCACCACCUUUUUCUUCCUCCCUCCCUCCUCCGGCGAGCUACAAGUCGCCGGAUCUUCUUCGUUUUCCCGAUUUCUACUUCCUUCUUCCCUUUUAAACCAUUACACGACGCUUCAGGAAGAGGAGAGGCAUGUAAAAAAAAAAUUCAGGAUUUUUCGGCGAUUUGGUGGGGGCGUUUUGGAGAGUUUUAAUAGUAUUCUUAGCAAAACUACUUUUUUUUUUUUUUUUGUGUUAGAGAUUUUUGUAGAUUUUAAUGGUUGAAGGUGAGAAAUGGGGCAUGAAUGAGAUUGUUGGAGAUUGCAGGAGCAAGUCAUCUCAUUCGUCGUAUUCACGGGUUUGCUUGAUUAAUUCUUUAGCGACGACUUUUGGAGAGAAACUCUUUUUUGGUUCUUUAGCCUUCUUUGGUACAAAAAAGUUUUAGGCUAUUUAGCAUUUCCAGCCGUCAAUAAGUGAGUGAGAUGGAUGAAGAGGCUAGUUCUUGGAUCAGGAGGACUAAGUUUUCUCAAACUGUUUCUUACCGUCUGAAUUCCCAAAGGCGAGCUUCUCUCCCUUUUAUGGUUAACAACCAAGACAAGACUUCUUCUGGUGCACUGAAAGCAAAGCCACCUCUUAGAUCAUCUUCUUCAUCCUCGUCAUCUUCAUUGGAUCCGAAGUUGGUUUCACAGGCUGCUACUGAAGAUGAUACCACCAGUUUGGUGGAGUCUGAUGUAUAUGUUGUUGUUGAUUCGGAAAUACAGACAAACCCUGUGACUAACAAGCAGAGAUCUGUCUCUCCCUCGCCUCAGAUGGCUCUUCCUGAUGUGUUUAAGGAAGCUAGGUCUGAGCGUAAGAGGUUUUCUACUCCUCAUCCAAGAAGGAUUGAAUCGGAGAAGGGGAUGAAGCCUAAGCUUUCUCAUAAGAACUCCUUUGACAAGAGAUCUUUCAACUUGCGGUCUCCUUCUGGUCCUAUCAGAGAUCUAGGCACUCUGAGAAUUCAAGAGAGGGUGAAGAGCAAGAAGGACACUGGGUGGUCUAAGCUUUUUGAUAAUACUGGCCGUAGAGUCAGUGCUGUGGAAGCUUCUGAAGAGUUCCGCGUUGAUAUGUCAAAGCUCUUCUUUGGGCUUAAGUUUGCUCACGGGUUAUAUAGCCGGCUAUACCAUGGUAAGUAUGAAGAUAAAGCUGUUGCUGUGAAGCUUAUCACUGUCCCUGAUGAUGACGAUAAUGGAUGCUUGGGAGCUCGUUUAGAGAAACAGUUUACCAAAGAAGUCACCCUUUUGUCGCGAUUGUCCCAUCCAAAUGUCAUAAAGUUUGUGGGGGCAUAUAAAGAUCCGCCUGUAUAUUGUGUCCUCACACAGUAUUUACCUGAAGGAUCCUUAAGAUCUUUUCUGCACAAGCCUGAGAAUAGGUCUCUUCCUUUGAAACGGCUGAUAGAAUUUGCUCUAGAUAUUGCAAAAGGAAUGGAAUAUAUUCACUCACGACAUGUUAUUCAUCGGGAUCUUAAGCCAGAAAAUGUAUUGAUCGACGAAGACUUCCAGUUGAAGAUCGCUGACUUUGGCAUAGCCUGCGAGGAAGAGUACUGCGACAUGUUGGCUGAUGACCCUGGAACAUAUAGGUGGAUGGCACCUGAAAUGAUAAAACGGAAACCACACGGACGUAAGGCUGAUGUUUACAGUUUUGGACUCGUUUUAUGGGAAAUGGUAGCUGGAGCAAUCCCGUAUGAGGACAUGAAUCCUAUUCAAGCUGCUUUCGCAGUCGUACACAAGAACAUUAGGCCAACUAUCCCGGCAGAUUGUCCAGCAGCCAUGAAAGCUCUGAUAGAGCAGUGUUGGUCAGUUGCACCGGAUAAGAGACCAGAGUUCUGGCAGAUAGUGAAAGUGCUGGAACAGUUUGCGAUUUCACUGGAACGUGAAGGGAACUUGAAUCUAUCUUCGAACAAGAUCUGUAAGGACCCAAGGAAAGGUCUGAAACAUUGGAUCCAGAAGCUUGGACCAGUCCACGGAGGAGGAGGCGGUGGCAGCAGCAGCAGCGGCCUUGGUGGCUCAGCCUUGCCUAAGCCUAAAUUCGCUUGAGAGACGUGAAGAGUCUCUUUUGUAAAUUUAUAUAUAAUACAAAAAGAAGGGUUUCUGUGUUUUUGUUGUAUCCUUUUUUGUGGGUUGUUGUUGUUGUUAGUGAUGUUUCAUCGUCAAUGUCAUCUUCUCUGGAUUUGUUGUGUAAUGACUUGCCAACUGGGGAAUGGUUGUGAUUUGAUGUUUAUGGAAUUCAAUCUCGCUUCUACU